AUGGGCGACACAGAAGAAGACAGAGAAGCACUCCCCCUUCUCUUCUCGCCAACCACCCCCACAUCCCAGACCCCGGGAUACAGCACCAUCAAGUCGGACGAUUCGACCCAAAGCCUCGAUGCGGCAGAGUCCCGCGCUAUCGAGAACGAUGUCGUCCCCGAGACAUCGACCCUUGGCCGCACUUUGAGCCGCCAGUCGGCCUACAUCCUCGUCAUCUCGCGCGUGCUGGGGUCCGGCAUCUUCGCCACGCCGGGGACCAUCAUCCGCGCGGUUGGCAGCAUCGGGCUCGCGCUCUCCCUGUGGGUCGUCGGCGCCGUCGUCGCCGCGUGUGGGCUGGCCAUCGCGCUCGAGUACGGGUGCAUGCUGCCGCGUUCCGGUGGCGAAAAGGUCUAUCUCGAGUUCACGUACCGCCGACCGCGCUUCCUCGCGAGCACCGUCGUCGCGGUUAUGGUUGUCUGCCUGGGCUUUACAGCCAGCAACUGUGUCGUAUUCAGCCAGUAUGUGUUAUUUGCGGCUGGGGUCGAGGAGCCCGCCGAGUGGAUGCGGAAAGGUGUCGCUGUGGGAUUGUUAACGGUCAUCACGAUCAUUCAUGGAGUGUUCAGAGCCCUUGGUGUGAAGAUCCAGAAUUUCCUGGGCUGGAUUAAGGUCGGCCUUAUUGUUUUCAUGAUUCUCUCUGGUCUCUAUGUCGUCAUUUUUCGACCCACUGGAUCCGCUCCCGGAGUAUUGACAACACGUGCUGUCAGUGGUUGGGAUGAUAUUUGGCAAGGGUCCAACUGGAACUGGGGCGUUGUCUCGACAUCGCUGUUCCAAGUGUUCUAUUCCUACGCCGGCCUCGAGAACGCCAACAACGUUCUAAACGAGGUUAAAGACCCGGUGCGGACACUGCGCUUUGUGUCCAUUUCCGCACUUGUGACCGCAUGUGUGCUCUAUCUACUGACCAAUGUGGCUUAUUUCAUCGUGGUACCUGUGGAAGAGAUCAAGGCCAGCGGUGAGUUGGUGGCUGCGUUGUUCUUUGAGCGAGUCUUUGGUGGGAAUGUCGGCGGAAAGAUCUUACCCUUGGCCGUGGCUCUGUCAGCUGCUGGCAAUGUCAUGGUUGUCGCGUUCGCGAUGUCUCGGGUCAAGCAGGAAAUUGCCCGCCAGGGCUUCCUCCCUUUCUCCAGUAUCUUAUCCUCGACAAAGCCCUUCGGUUCUCCUCUUGGCGGCCUAAUUGUACAUUACAUUCCCUCCUUUCUUGUGAUCACAUUGCCGCCAUCCAACGAGGUGUACUCUUUUAUUCUCAAAGUCGAAGGAUACCCAGGGCAGGUCAUUGCAAUAGCCACUGCAGCUGGUCUCCUGUGGCUUCGAUUCGAGAGGCCGGACCUCAAGCGCCCGUUCAAGGCAUGGGUCCCGGCCGUGGCACUCCGCAUUGCCCUAAGUCUGGCUCUUCUUGCAGCACCAUUCUUCCCACCAGCUAAGAAGCCAGAGUCCGGACUCUUCUACGCGACUUAUGCGAUUGUAGGGAUUUCGAUUCUCGCGUUCGCAAUUGUGUACUGGUACUUAUGGACUAUUUUGGUGCCAAAAUGGAGGGGCUACAAGCUGGAUGAGACGGCUGAAGUCCUGGAGGACGGAACGUCGAUCACAAAGCUGAUCCAUGUCCCUGUGCCAUCAAAUGGGUCAUGA